AUGGACCAGCAAGCUCCCCCGGAAUCAGCCCUUGCUACUCCCGGCGACUCGCGGUCGAUUACCUUUCUCCCUGUCAACGAAUCCAACUCCCCAAUCACACAGCGGAUGAAGCGCGGCUCGCAGUCCUGCGACUACUGUCGGGAUAGGAAAAAGCGUUGCGAACAGAUAUCGAAGAAGAGGAAGCUGAGACAGGUGUCCGGCAAGCAGGUUGCGACGGGCACGCCAGAAUCAGAGAUCCAACCCCGCUCCGCUUCCGCGUCUCUGUUCGAUUACCCAGGUUCUUUCCCUAAUCCCCGGAACAAGGUGCCAGAGGAACGAGAGUCGCUUCAACAUGUCCCCAACACUAAGGAACAAAUCCUGUCAACUGACCUCCUCGACGCGCGAGACGCAUUGGAUCUCAUCGCCGUGGCUGGAUCAAGAGAGCGUAUGGGCGAGGAGAAGCUACAGCUGGAUGAAAGACAAACGCUCAAUUCCCAGACGCAGCGGCCAGAACCCAGGCCCGCAAUAGCACCAUCGAAGACGGAACUUGACAGUUUCUUUCUUGUCCGGAAAGGCAUCAUUCGGGCCUGCGAAGUGUAUGAGUACCUGGGAUUUUACUUCACCCAUCUUUGGCAGGUAUUUCCGGUCGUUCCCCAGUGGUACGCCACGCCCGAGCGGUACAGCUUACUAGUACAACACGAAACUGUCCUCGCUAUCAGCCUGGUAGCACUCGCUUCUAGGUACCACACUCUGGCUGGGCUAAAUGGCGCCGCCCGGUCGGAGAGGGUUCACUGGCGCACAUGGCCGUGGGUGCAACGGCUCUUUCAGUCUGCCAUGUGGGGGUCGGCGGGAAUGCGCAGCUACGGGGCUAUUGCGGCCUUGCUGCUAACAAUCGAAUGGCAUCCUAGAGCUAUAAAUUCACAAGAAGAUUUUGUCGGGGACUAUGGCGAGCCGGAACUGUUCGAGUCACAGGGUCAAGAAGACACUUGCCCUCCGAAUAUUACCGCGAUUAGCCGGCGCAGUGAAGGAUAUAGCAUACCCGAGCGGUUGAAUCUAGUUGCAACGGCCCAUAGGAGCAAUAAGAUGUCUUGGAUAUUGCUGUCAACCGGCAUCUCGCUCGCAGAAGAGAUAGGUUGCUUUGCAGACCCGUCCGACUUCCCCCAUGCAAAACGUCGGCCUCAGGACUCUGUAGAUUGUCUUGAUUGGGCCCAUACUCUGUGCACGUUUCUUCGGAUUACUGAUGAAAGCCUAUCGCUGCGGCUACGUCUGGAGCCGCAGCUAAGAGGUCUGCGAUUACUCGAAAUUGCCGACUGCAUUUCCCCUGCCUUAGCAGCGGAUGAAUUUUGGGACAGCACAGUGGAGUUGGCCAUUCAGAUGGGUAAGGCACGAGAUCUUCUUCGCAGUUGGAGGAAGAGCCAACAUGGCACGGGACCCGCCAUUCCGCUCGCUGCAUGGGAUAGCUUCAGACGGAGCCUCGACCGUUGGAAGAGACAACGGCAGCUCAACAGGAGAGAUGUUUCUCUACGUGAUGCCUGUCUCGAUAUUGAAUACUAUUAUGUCCGCCUAUGUGGGCUGAGCCCGGCUGCGCACAUGUUUGUGAGCGCAGCGGAAAGCAAUGUCACGGACUCCAUGCGUUCAUUAUCACAGUUUGCAAACGAUGCUGCCGUGGCGUCCAUUGACCUGCUCGACUCGGUGACAUACAAUCUCGCGUCAUCCAGUUUCUUUAAGUAUGCUCCGGUCAAAACUUGGCUCUACAUCGUUUGCGCUGCUUUAUAUCUUCUGAAGGUUACUCUCAAUGCUGAGGAGCAGUUGGAUGGCAGCGAUCCACGCAUUCUUCGGAUCCUUAGCGUCGUCGCUGCUAUCAAGAAAAAUGCCCCUGAUGACAUCCACAUGGCACAGCGCUAUGCCACAUUGCUCGAUAUUCUCGUCAGCGCAGCGACGCGCUCGGGCCCCAAUGCGACGCGCGGCGUCGCACACGACGAAGCAAAUCAGCCAUCUCAUAUCGCGAGCUAUCUGGGUAAUACGUAUCUUGACAGCAACGUUUUCAACAGUACGGCGGGUGAUUCUAUCUACGAUCCGAACUUCUGGGAUUCCCUGCCCGAUAUGGUCGGCUUGGAUAACAUGCCCAACCUUUUUAUGCCGGCGUUUACUAGCUUAUAA